GAAAAAGUGUGGGGGCUCACUCAGUUGGUUUUCCAUCUUCAAGAUUUCCACCUCGCAGGUUCUCCUGUCCUCUCUUGCUCCCUUCACACCGUGCUGAGUCUGUUUCUGUUAGACUAACCGUACAACAAACCUGAGGAAACAUGGAGGCCAUCAAGAAGAAAAUGCAGAUGCUGAAGCUGGACAAGGAGAAUGCCAUAGACCGGGCAGAACAGGCAGAGGGGGACAAGAAAGGAGCAGAGGACAAAUGCAAACAGCUGGAAGAGGAGCUGCUGGGUCUACAGAAGAAGCUGAAAGGAGUGGAAGAUGAACUCGAUAAAUACUCUGAAUCGUUGAAGGAUGCCCAGGAGAAAUUGGAACAAGCUGAAAAAAAGGCAGCAGAUGCUGAAGCUGAGGUGGCAUCUCUAAACAGGCGUAUCCAGCUGGUGGAAGAAGAGUUGGACCGAGCUCAGGAGAGACUUGCAACUGCCCUGCAGAAGCUAGAGGAAGCUGAGAAAGCUGCUGAUGAGAGUGAAAGAGGAAUGAAGGUCAUAGAGAACAGAGCAAGCAAGGACGAGGAGAAAAUGGAGAUCCAAGAGAUGCAGCUGAAAGAGGCCAAACAUAUCGCUGAAGAAGCCGAUCGCAAAUAUGAAGAGGUCGCACGUAAACUUGUGAUUCUUGAGGGCGACCUGGAGCGUUCAGAGGAGCGUGCUGAGGUGGCCGAGGCUAAAUCAGGUGAUCUUGAGGAAGAAUUGAAAAAUGUCACCAACAACUUGAAGUCACUGGAGGCUCAGGCUGAAAAGUACUCACAGAAGGAGGACAAAUAUGAAGAAGAAAUAAAACUUCUUACUGACAAACUGAAAGAGGCUGAGACCCGAGCAGAGUUUGCAGAGCGAUCUGUGGCCAAGCUGGAGAAGACCAUUGAUGAUCUCGAAGAUGAAGUGUAUGCUCAGAAGCUGAAGGGCAAGGCUCUCAGUGAGGAGCUGGACCUAGCCCUCAAUGAUAUGACUACCCUGUAGAAGCUGUCACUUCUUCUCCUUCCUCUUUCAUCUUUUCUCUGUCUGCUUCCUGCCGUAUUACUGCAUUCAACUGUGGUAUUGUCAAGCUGGAAAAAAAACAAAUCUUGAAAUGUCAUGUUCACCCAUCAUUGCGCUGUUGGGUCUGGUCCUAAAGAACAUCGACCUCUUGAAAGCAUUGUAGGUUACAGCUCACCCAGUCAGUGCCGAGUAUUUUGCAGCGGUCACACUACUCCCACACAUUUCUUCAGUUGCAAAACACUCUGCAACUCUCCGUUGUAAUAAAUGUAUUUAAACGCUCUUCA